AUGAUUCAAUCAGUGGAGCUCGACUUCGAAGUACGGCUACUCGCUGAAGCAGUAAGACGGCUCGAACUUCGUGCUACAGUUACUACGUUGUCCAGUACAUCAUCGCUACAGACGAACGUCACAUCAGAUACCUAUGGAUAUUCGGUCGCGAGAUGCGGAAAGACCUCAUUGAUCAAUUCACUCAAGUUUGCUGCCCAUGGCAAACUGCGAAGAGCAAAAUGGCUCCAGGUUGCAGGCCAGGAGAAGUCUGGAGGACACACCAUGUUCAGAAAGCUAGCUGAUAUUACCAAGAAGAUUUCUGUGAUUGACAACCGAGGUCUUGAUGAUCCAAAUACUGAAAAAGCGAUUGCUGAACUAGCCGCACAAUUGGAUGGAAAACGAGGUUUCACUGAUAUCGUCGAGUGGCAGGGCGCUAAUGAUGAGAAUGAUAGCGAUGAUCUAGAGGAUGAAGACCUGGAUCUAAGCAAACCUGAUCUCAACAAGGGCUAUCCAAUUGGCUGUGCUGUCUUUGUUUUUAGGUAA